AUGGCGGACCUGCAGGAGCUGUUUGCCCGCCUCAACGGUGGCGCGUCCGGCAACAACCAGCAGCAGCAGCAACAGGGUUAUCAACAGCCCUCUGUCUCCUCGCCUCUCUUCUCCCCCCAGCCAGGUGGCCCGCAGCCGCACCACCAGUCUGCCAUCAUGUCGCCCAACUCAUCCAUGGCCAACACGCCCGCGCCCGAGCACGUGUCGCAGCAGACGCCGCAACAGCAGUCCACAAACCUUCUCAAUCUUCUCCGCUUCAAUUCGCAGGGCGGUUCCGGGCAGUCCAGACGCGUCUCGCAACAGUCGCAGGCGCCUGACCUGAACCUGGCAAGUGUCAUGGGUACCAGGACGCCUUCCCAAGGCGCUCCCGCCCCAGCGCAGUCGUCGCCUCAGCAGAACCCGCAAGAUCUUCUUCUGCGCCUGCUGAACCACCCCAAGCCAGCCCAGUCUAGCGGCAGCGUGCGCUCAUCUCGGGCUGCCUCCGCCGUGCGUUCUCCGCCAGUCGCAUCCCACAAGCCUGAGACGGUUGUGGACGACCUCGCGCAGGACCUCGCAGACGCUGAACAGGAGCGUGUAUCUUCCGGCCCCGCUGUACAUACCCCGGGGCUUGCCGAUGCAGCUCCACUCGCUCCCAAAUUCACCUACGUCAAUCCCUUCGACACGCUUGAAGCUGCCAGUCCCCGCAACCGUACCCCCACCCAGCAAGGCUCCAAGCCUCCUCCCCCGAAGAUGGAGAUCCUCAAGAAGAACGCACUCGAGCCUUCUUCGCCUGCUCCCCACGACGACGCUCCCGCCCAAACACAUGAAACUGUGGCUGAGGCUGUGAGCGAGUUGGGCGAGCACGUUGGCCAGCAGAUUGAGGAUGCGUUAGCCGAAGCUGAAGCUGAAGCUGCUCUCCCCAAGCCCGAGGAAGUUGCACAAGUCCAGGAGACUAUGACUGAGAUUGCAACCGAGAUCAAGGACGAGUUUGCUGACCCAAGCACAGCCAAGGAGAUUGAGGCUAGCAUGCCCAAGCCCAUUGCAGCUGCUUUGAAGGAGGUCGCCACUGAGAUUGCACAAGAUAAUGUUGCCGAUGACUGGGAGACUGCUGAAGCUGAGGAGAGUCUCGCCAAGGGAGAGGACCAGACGGUAAUAGUCUACAGGUUUCCUAUGCGCGCCUUUGCCUCGAUUCAGGUCAACCAAAUGCCGCCCCGCCGUCUCUACUUCGCCAACGAGCUCUUCAUGGAUAUUGCUCGUCUGAAGAAGGACUUCGACCAGAUUGACCGCUCCCUUGUUUCUGCCAGUAGAAAUUUCAUUGUCUACGCGCUCGUCAAGAAGGGCGGUUUCCGUAUUAUCCGCCAGGAGAAUGGUCAUUACCGCCAGGUCUUCGAGAACCACCAAGAACGCAUCUUCAACAUCGCCCUUUGCACUUCGGCAGGCGAUUCCCAAGAACCCCUCGAAAGCAUCCUUGGAAUCGGCGUCAAUGGCACCGUCUUCUGGACUUCUCUCGACGCUGCUCGUGAAGACCAAUUUGGCGAGAACCUCGACUCUCAGGGUUUGAUGCUUCCCCCAUCGCCAUCUCAAGAUGAUAACACAUCUGGAGGCCAGCUAAAGACUCGCGCGAAGCCAUCUUCGCGCCAUCCAGAGUUCUUUGCUGUCGGCAGGGGCAAGUCCAUUCACAUUGUCUUCCCCAAGGUUGCCGCCGAAUAUGCUCGUAGUAAGAGCCGCAUCUGCCACACCGAGAAGUACCUCAAGGAGCGCUCUCUCAAGAUCCUUACUGGCAAGGCUGGCAAAGACUUCACUUUCAGCGAAGACGAUACAAUCAUCGUGUCACUCGACAAAGCUGGCCGCAUGCGCUUUUGGGACAUCCGCGCUCUCACCGAGCCUGACCUGGGCAACCCUCGUAGUCCACCCCGCCAGGUCGAGGUCUCCGAGACCCUGCUGGAGUUCCACACUACUACACCCAAUGCCAAGUCAUGGCCCACUUCGGUGUUCUUCUUUGACAAAGACAAGCCGUAUACUAAGGGUAUUGCGCUGCGAUAUGUCAUGGUCGGUAUGAAGCAGAACCAUGCAUUCCAGCUCUGGGAUCUUGGUCUCAACAAGGCUGUACAAGAGAUUCACCUACCCCACGAGAACGAAUCGGACGCCAUCUGCAGCGUAUCGUUCCACCCCCGGACUGGUAUCAUGGCUGUCGCCCAUCCCACCAGAAACUCGAUUUUCUUCGUCCAUGUCUCUUGCCCAAGGUACAACCUCCCUGCUCUGAGCCAGGCUGCCUACAUCUCCCGUUUGGCCAACAAGGGCGACAGGGGCCAGAACCCUUUGCCUCCAGUCAAUGCUACUGCUAUCAUGACUAGCAUCACGGAGUAUUCUUUCGCUUCCAAGGGGCAGAUCAGGAGCCUGCACAUGCUCAACGAGCCCGCUGGACCUUCUGAUGUCGAUGACCCUGAUAAUGCUGCUCUCUUCGAAUUGUACGUCAUGCAUUCCAAGGGUGUCUGUAUUUUGCGCAUCCGCCGAAGCGACCUUGGCUGGAAGAAGGAGGGUGAGCCCAUGCACCCCAAGGAGGCUGAGGAGGAGGGCGUGAUUACCAUCUCGCAGCUCAAGCCACCGCAGCCUGUCACAGACGAAUCCUCUACUGCUGGCGACAAUACUGCACCCAAGUCGGUGUCUGAUCGAUCUGCUGCUCGAGAGCCUCUGAAGAGGGAGAACAGCAACGUCUCGAAGCCAUCCGUCAAUCCCGAAGCUGCUAUGCGUGCAUCUACCCUUGCAAAGGUCGAGAGUAAGCAGGAUGCAGCUCGUGCAGCUAUCAUCAAUGGUGGUGAGAAGUCUGAAAAGAAGAAGAAGAAGCGCUCUGCCGCCACUGAGACAGCUUCUCAAGUCUCAGCAGCACCAUCCGCCGUGGCUUCUACUGCUGCUUCUACCCGUGCGCCCCCGGCCAUGCCCCCGUCAUAUGCGCAAGCUGCUCAGGCAACCCCGCAAUCCAAGUCCCCGGCACCACCCGAGGCGCCUGUCGUGCAGGAGGUCGCCAAGUCUAAGCCUAUCGACACCACCGAAGCGCCCGAGUGGGCCAAGCAGCUCAUCAACAAGCACUUUCAGCAGCCAAACGCUGCAUCCACCUCUGCAGCUUCUGCAGAGUUUGAUGCCAAGAAGCUUGAGGAAAUUGUACAGGCUGAGAUCUCCAAGGGCUUCUCUCGUGAACUAGACGUCAUGUACAAGCGCUUUGACGAAGACAAGCGCGUCUUGAACGCAACAAACGCCGCCAACCAGCAGGCUGUUCUACGCAUGGUGUCUAGCACGCUCAACGAGAAUGUUGAAGGCGUGAUUGGGAAGAUGGUUGAAGAUAACAUCAGCAACGUCGUACUCCCUCAGGUACUAGCAAAGACUACUGCCACUCUUGAACAGGGUCUGAGCACCAACCUUAAAUCCGUUUUGGCGCAGCAGUUGUCCAAGGAAGUUCCUGAUGCAGUCGCUCGUGCUUUCAAGCAACCCCAGGUGUUCCAGUCACUCUCUGACCAGGUCGCGAAGAAGAUCAGCGGCAACUUCGAGCCUAUGAUCGCUGCUUCCGUUGCCACGGUUGUCAACCCGGCCAUAUCGAACUUGACAAACAUCAUCGAGCGACAAAUUGGCGCGGAGCUCCGACAAGCUCAUGCUCAGCGCCGUGAAGACGCCGCCAAGAUCGCCGCGCUGACUGAAACCGUGCACACAUGCCUAGAGACCAUCCAGACCAUGGCCGCCACCCAGACCGAACUCCAGUCCCAGGUUGCUAAGCUCCUCGAAGCACGCCAAGUCCCUGCGCCUCAACGUGGAGGAGAAGCCUCAUCCGCCGCUGCCACGCGCUCCCCACCCCGUCAGAAAACGGAAGAGGAGCUUGAGAUUGAGUCCAUUACGCGUCUCAUAUCCGAAGGCAACUACGAACAAGGUACCAUGCAGUGGCUGCAAUCCCCCCGCAGCGCCGCACUUUUCGACACGGUCUUCGUCCGCUGCGACCCCGCCUACCUCCGCCAGGUUUCUCCGCUGCUAGCCUUGUCUACUGGUGCAGUGGUGUCUGAGUCGCUGAACCGUAACCUUACCGAGCGCCUUGUCUGGCUUAAUGCUGUCUUCCAGAGUGUUAAUCCUAAUGACGCCGAGAUCCGUGAUAUCAUUCCCAAGAUCAUGGAUGUUGUCAUUCAGCGUCUUACUGCUGCUUAUAUUCAGCUCAAUGAGAGUACGCCAGGUAGUCCGCUUUUGAGGGCUAUCUCUCAGCUCGUCAACAGGUGCAACGAGAUGACGAGGGCUGCUGCUCCUUUCAGUCCCCGUGGUUGA